ACAUCAAAUAAUCCAAUAUCCCUAUUCACUGAACCGUCAUUAUUAUGAGUAAGACUUAUCAGCCAUGGCCCACAUACACGAGAAAUUCAACAGAAAGUUCACAUUUCAAAAGAAAAAAAUUGAGGAGCAUCCAUGCUCAUUUACAGCCCAAUAAUACUUAAUUGAAUGAGACUUGAUUGACAAAUUUUUGUAUUCUGUAUAGUUACUAUAAUGAUUGGACAAAUUUUAAAACUAUUCCGAAAAUUAUUAUGUAUGUUCGUCAUCCUUCUAAUGACGUCACAUCAUGUCCUUCCGUCUCCUCUCAUCACCAACUCAACUCUCCACAAACGACAAACUCCAUUGGACGAAUCUGAGAACUCACACAAUGUAUUCACAGUGGACGAUCCAAACGAAAUGGGGAAUAAUAAAAUCAGACAUAAAAGACAAGAAUGCCAGGGCAGUUCCGAAUGUGACGAUGACCAAUGGUGCUACGACAACUGGUGUGACUAUCCAUGUCCCAGACUCCAAUGUGAAACCGUUCAUCCAGAUGGCCGUUGUAUGGUGAGGGACCACCAACCUGUGUGUGUAACGGCCGAAGGCUUGACUGAGCAGGAACUGUCAAGGCAGAAUAGAGAAUGCCAAGGCGGCUUCCAAUGUGCCGAUGACCAAUGGUGCUAUGACAACAAAUGUGAAUAUCCGUGUCCCAGACUUGACUGCGAGAGCCUUCAUCCACCAGAUGGUCGUUGUAUAGUGAGGGACCACCAACCUGUGUGUGUAACGGCCGAGGGCUUGACUGAGCAGGAACUGUUAAGGCAGAAUGGAGGUUGCGCAUUCAGCUCGGACUGUGGUGCCAAUGAGUGGUGUCAUAACGACAAGUGUGAAGACCCCUGUCUGAAAAUGAAUUGUGGCGCAAUUUAUGACGAUGGAAAAUGUUCCGUGGAAAACCAUCAACCAGUCUGCAAACCCAGUGAUGAGUUCAUUAACCUCGAUGAAUUGGGUUUAAAUAGGGGAAAAG